AUGUACCUAGGCAGAGCUUCAAAGCAUCCGAAACUAAUACUAAACGGACACGCAUACCACAUCGCUUUAAGACAAGUCGAAAGAUCAAGAUGGCGGUGCAAAAAACACAGAAGCAACAGAUGUUUGGCGUUCCUGUAUACCACCAACGACGGAUGCAACAAAAUUUUCCUAUACAACGAUCACAAUCAUGAUCCUGAUGAAUAUCCUUUGCCGUACAUGCGUUCGCAACAAGUUGUCAUUGUUAAAUCGCUCAUAAACAGGUUUAAACAUAAAGCGUCAAUGCCUUUAGGGUAA